CCAGCACUGCAGAAGAAAAAACAUUGCUAACCGGUAGAAAAGUUCCUUGCGGAAAAAAAAACGCUGCCCAAGUGCACAGUUUGUACAAAAAAGUUGCUUAGACAAUGAAAAUUAAACAACAAGUCAUAAAAGUAAAAGACGUCAACAAGCGAAAGCUGCGAAAUAAGGCAUAAACAAUGUCAGCAACGGCUCCAGAUGCCGCCCAAGCAGCCGCCGAGGAGGCUUCGGCUCACGAUUACAUAGAGCUAAAAUCUAUGGAGGAUGUGGAAGCCCUGGAGCAAAAACAGCUUUACGCGUACAUAGAAAAGUUGCAUGGCAUUAUUAGGAAAUACGACACCAAGAUCGCAUCAUAUAAACAAAAGCUAAAACAAUUCCUGAACAAGGAAUCAAUAAGUUGCGGCGAAAAAAGCACGCAAGCGGCCAAUGGCCAUUCAGACGCAAAUGGAGAGGAGGCACAAGCCGGAAAGGAACUUUCGCCAACAGAUGCCUUCAGUUUUGUGGAUGAGAUGCGUCAGGCGGCCAAGCAUGCAGAGAACUUGAAUAAUUUUGUCUAUGAACCGACAUCGGGCAUGUACUACGAUCCCAAGACGGGCUACUACUACAAUGCGGAAUACGGUCUUUACUAUGACGGCAAUACGGGCUGUUAUUAUAGCUAUGAUCAGGCAAAAGAUUCGUACGAGUUUCACUCGCAGGCUCAGGUGCAGGCGAACAGUACGGCGGCAAAGGACGAAACAGGCAACGAGCAGCUGGAGGAUGACAACGUGGACGAUGAUGUCGAGUUCGAUGAAUUUGGUGGCGUCAUCACGGACAAGGCGACACUGCAGCAAAUCAAAGCGGAAAAGCAAAAGUUGCGCGAGCGUGCGGCACGCAGCAAACGCAAGGCCAAACGGAAGCAUAAGAAAAAGCAGAAGGAGCAUCGUCACAAGUCCAAAAAGCGACACAAAGAACGCAACAGCAAUGAUGAUAAUGAUGAUGAUGUUUCCGUUGAUAAGAAGGCCAGUCGCAAUCGUGCUCGCAAAUCUCUUGAUGUUGAAGACGGUGAACUGUCGCAAUCGACGAGCAGCUCCAACUCCGAUUCCAGCGACGAGGACAAAAGCAGCAGCAACAGCGACUGCGACAGCAGCGGCGUCCCGUUGUUCAAAGCCAACAGUCGCUUUCAAGACAUUGCCAAGAAAUAUCCGCCCUCGCUACGCAUCAUUGUGCAGGAGACCAAUGUGCCGGAGUUGACGGUGGGCAGCCUCCAUUUGAUUACCUAUAAAGGCGGCACGCUGGGCCGUGAGGGCGCACACGAUGUCAUCAUACCGGAUGUGAAUGUGAGCAAGUGCCAUCUGAACUUUCACUACGAUACCAAGCAGGCCAUCUACAAAUGUCGGGAUCUGGGCUCGCGUAACGGCACUGUCUUGAACGGCGUGCGCAUGUCCGAAUCGAAGGCCGCCAGUGAGACGCUAGAUCUCAUGCAUGGCAGUGUCUUGGGCAUUGGGCAGACGAAGCUGCUGUGUCACGUGCAUGAGGGCAACAGCACGUGUGGGUUAUGUGAGCCCGGGCUGCUAAUUGAGACACCAGCGCCGGCAGCAGCAACCGCGACAGCCAGCGGUAAUGUAUUAACACACAAGGAGCAGCUGAAGAAGCUGCAAAAGAAAUACGGUUUAGAGAAUGAAAAAUUCGUGGAGGCGAGCGUCAAUCCGAAUCCAAAUUAUAAUGAUCGCAGUGCCCAGCGGCGCAUCAAAGUGGGCAGCAGCACGGACAAGGAAAAAACCGAGGUGGCCUGUGUGCACACUGAGAUAGCCAGUUCCAACAAGGGCUUCAAAAUGCUCAGCCAACUGGGCUGGCAAAAGGGCGAGACGCUGGGCAAAAGCAAUCAGGGCCUCUUAACGCCUAUCAAUGUGGUGGCCAACGAGGGCACCACCGGCCUGGGCAGCAGCGAGCCGCUGGCGAAGAGUGCCCCGCGUUCCAUGGAUAAACGAAAAUUGGCCAAUUUGAAGAUAACGCAGGCGCGUUAUCAGCGCGCGAAUGACAUAUUUGUGGAGUCCGAUGAGAGCGAUUGAAAACGUAGUUUGAUUUAAGUUUGAAACACAUUUAAUUAACAAUUACUCAUAAAAUAUGUGUACUCAUAGGUAUACAAUAUAUAUAUAAGAUAUAUCUAUAUAUAAAGUAUACAAGGGUGCAUAUCAUAUUAUGUAAUUCGAAAAUCUUGCUAUAUAAGGUUAAGCUAUCAGUCAAUUAAUUAAUUUAGCUUCGCUCAAACACACAAUAAUUACA